AUGUGUGCAUCCGUCGAAACCGUGCACCUCUACCAGGCCAUGGUGAAACGCCAAGAUGACGAGUCCCCUUCACACCAGACCUCAGGUCUCACCUAUCCAAUCCUCCAUGGACAGAAGUAUGUCUGCGAUGGGAACCGUUGUGUACGACUUCCGACCAAAUAUGAGAUUUACCUUGCCAUGGAAAGGGCAGCAGUAAUGUCCGGACGCCUUCCACGAAUAGGAUGUGAGGCUGAGGAUUCCUGUGGAGCUGAUUGA